AUGGGCAACCCAACCCACUUCACCAAUGGUUGCCUCACUUCCCCAACCACAAAUCCCCUCAUACGUGUGGCUCAACCUAGCAUAUCCUCACCGCAACCUACGCCCUUCCCUCCCUCCGCCGCGAUUGCGCCCUCCUCGCCUGCGGAUCCCACUAUCGCGAGCGCAUUGCCGCCUCUCCCCCCCUUCCCGUCGCCGCGACACACCGUCGCCGCCUCCCCCUCUAUCCGCCGCGACUGCUCCGGCGCCCCCUGCGCAUCUCGCCGCGACGCCUCGUCGCCGCCUCCCCUUCCCCUUGCCGCGAUCCCCCGUUGCCGCCUCCCCCCUCCUGCCGCCGCGCCUGCUUUGGCGUCGCCCGGGCAUCCCUCCGUCGCGACGCCUCGUCGCCGCCUACCCCUCACGCUGCCGCGAUGUCACGUCACCGCCUCCCCUUAUCGCUGCUGCGCCUUCCUCGGCGCCGCCUGCGCAUCCCGCCGCCGCGACGCUUUGUCGCCGUUUCCCGUCCCGCCGCCACGACUUCGCGUCGCCGCCUGCAUGCCCCAUCGCCGCGACCUGCCUUCGCCGCCUGCACGCCCCAUCGCCGCGACCUGCCGUCGCCGCCUGCACAUCCCACUGCCGCGACCCGCUCGUCGCCGCCUGCACGUCCCGCCGCCGCGACUUCGCGUUGCCGCCUGCGCAUCCCGCCGCCGCGACCUGCUCGUCGUCGCCUGCACACCCCGUCGCCGCGACCUGCCGUCGCCGCUUGCGCAUCCCGCCGCCGCAACCCGCUCGUCGCCGCCUGCACGUCCCGCCGCCGCGACUUCGCGUCGCCGCCUGCGCAUCCCGCCGCCGCGACCUUCUCGUCGCCGCCUGUACGUCCCGCCGCCGCGACCUACCGUCGCCGCCUGCACCUCCCGCCGCCGCGACCUAUUCUCGCCGCCCGCGCAUCCCGCCGCCGCGACCUCCUCGUUGCCGCCUACGCAUCCCGCCGCCGCGAUCCACUCGUAA